GGGCGCGCAACAGGAGAGCACUCCAAACACAUGGAGGAGGAGGAGACCAUUGACACCAUUUAAACUGGAGAAUAGCACACUCAGUUCUCUGCAUCAAAUGAAAGCGCGAAAAUGAGAGGAUGGCUAAAGAUGACGGUGUUUGCUGUAGUCCAUGGUGUUGGGUAUGUUCCCUGCAGAUGUCUCAGUGGACGACCUCCUGCACCACUUGGAGGCAGAAUCCUCACCAACUCUAAGGACAUCUUCCAGCAUAAUAUGUGGGACCAUGUUCAUUGGUCACCAGAGGAGAUGGAACAAGCCAGACAAAAAGCAGAGGAGAACUCCCGAGAACAGAUUCCAGUAGAAGAGCAAGUCAGGUAUGUCAGAGACGCUAGCAAAUAUUGGGACAGAUUUUACGAAAUGCAUCAAAACAAGUUCUUCAAAAAUCGUCAGUGGCUUUUCUCUGAGUUUCCUGAGCUUUUGCCCCAGGGCUGUGACACAAGUCAUACCCCAGAAGGUCAGGAGGCUUCGGUGCCACCGUAUUCUGGGUUAAAAGAAACUCAGCACAGCAGGAUGGAAAGCCAGCAGGGAGACUCUCACAUUCUCAACCAAGACGUCCUGAGACAGAAGCUGCAGUGCACUGAUUACCGUUCUGCAGUGCGUUCUCAAGAAGCUGCUGCUGCUUUCCCUGGGCAACAUGCUUCUUUCAGAAUACUGGAGGUGGGCUGUGGUGCAGGCAACAGUGUGUUCCCUAUCAUCAAUGCCAUCAGGGGCAGUGAUGCAUUCUUAUACUGCUUUGACUUUUCUUCCAGAGCAAUCCAGCUUGUCAAGGAGCAUCCAGACUACGAUCCUGCAGUGUGUCAUGCAUUUGUACAUGACAUUUGUGAUGAUGUGUCCAUGUUUCCCUUUCCUCAUGAGAGUCUUGAUGUUAUUGGUAUGGUCUUUGUGCUCUCCUCCAUUCACCCUGAGAGGAUGCAGAGAGUGCUUAAUUGCCUGGCAGGCUACCUGAAGCAUGGCGGAAUCAUCCUGUUCAGAGAUUAUGGCAGAUAUGAUCUGGCUCAACUGCGAUUCAAAAAAGGACAGUGUUUGUCUGAAAAUUUCUACACACGACAAGAUGGAACCUGUGUGUAUUUUUUUAUGAAAGAUGAGGUCCAUCGUUUGUUCACGAAUGCCGGGUUAGAGGAGGUUCAGAACCUGGAAGAUAGGAGACUUCAGGUGAACCGGGGAAAGAAAGUGGUGAUGCAUAGAGUGUGGAUGCAGAGCAAGUAUCGAAAACCUUUCACGUGUACCAAUAUCCUAGACCACUCAACACCAUGUUGACCACUGGGAUUGCUUAUGUGGAAGCACAUAAGCGUAUAUGGACAUAAAGUUACUGAUGAAAAUACAGACAUGGUUUUCGUGGUUUGUCUGAAUUGAUUGUCUGUCAGUGAGUGGUGUAAAAGGGGGUAUUAAGUGAAGAACUGUCCAUGAGAUGGAUUUCAAUGAGAAAAGUCAAUGUAAGGGAUCGUUUAACUGAUUUUUCAAAUUCAAUACUAUAGUUUGCCAAAUACAUGAUUAUUUUACUAAUGUGUUAUUUUAUUUAUGUGAAUAAAGACUGACAACAACCAUCACACACCUCUACCAAAUUAAUAUCGAGUUUCAAGGCAAGCACCUUGAACGUGCUGUCUGUCUUAAUGACUGUCUUUUGUGUCAGUUGAAGCUCUGAAUGCCUUUUUGAUUCCUGUUGGGAUGCAGAGCUUUGGACUGUUUUGUGAAAAUAUGUUUGUAGUCAUAAAGCGUUUAUAA